AGAUACCCACUGGAGCCACCAGCAGUAGUGGGUAUCCCCCAAGUUUCCCCCCUCUUGAACCAGGAAAUGAAUACCAUAUCAAAUGUCCCACCCCUCCUCUGGUAAAUAGGAAGACUCCAUCGUGUGUUGUCUUGGCAGAUCCAAAUGCAGGGACGGGAGAAAACGUGACCCGAGUGUGGGCGGAGCGGAGACGGGAGCGGAGGAGUCGAAUCGUAGGGUUAGCGAUGCCAAAACUUAUUUCUCCCCUAUGCAGGGCAACCGAGUUUCCCAGGGGGUGGAUGGGCGGGACAGCCGUUUUCUUUAUACUCCAAAAUUUUCCAUCAACAUCGAGUCGGAGCCCAGAAGGCGGCAGCAAGCCAGCAGAGUUCGCAAUGAUAGCUUAUCAUGACGAGCUUGAUAACGCCUUGUCCAGCUUCUCGUUCCAGUUCAGUUGCGAUUGGGGGUCAGAUUGCUCAUUAUUGGAUUAUUGGACGUGCAACUCAAGUACAAGGCUGCUCAAGCCCCAUGGUGACACAUUUUUUCCAUUUUUUAGGCGACUCUUUAUCAUCCAUCGCCUUUGGUCUGCCCUCUUGUGCAAGGCCCAGCUUCCUAUCAGGGCACUGGGGAGCAAUCUUAUCUGAAUGCGGAGAGGGGAGGGAGCAAUGACUUGCAUAUGCGUAUCAGAACCGCCGUCCGAGAGCCGCUGAAGCGAAAGACAAAUCUUGUAAUGCGAGAUAACGACGGGCAAAGAAUUCGAU